UGCUGCUCAUGCUCCCUCUCUCCCUCCUCCUCCCAUGCCCAGGACAUGGCUGCAGCCGCCGGACCCCUCACCUACCUCUUGCUGCUCCUGUCCCACCUGCCCCCCAGCAGCACAGCCCAGGACCGGAGGUUCUCCGAGAGCAAGCGGUGUGCUGACCCGGAGUGCAGCAAGUUGAUGCACAGGGGUAAAGCCAUACAAGAUUUUACGGGGCCGGACUGUCGGUUUUUGAAUUUUAAAAAGGAUGAAUUGAUAUAUGUUUACCACAAGCUGGAUGGACGAUCGUCGGACCUGUGGGCAGGAAGCGUGGACUCAUUUUUUGGUUAUUUCCCAAAGAAUCUUAUAGAUGUAAAAGCAGAUUACGUCACGGAGGAGCUUGUGUUUCCGACAGAUCAAACUGAUUUUGUGUGUUUUGAUGAUGGACGAGAUAAUUUUGAUAGUUAUAAUGUUGAUGAACUUUUAAAUAAACAAAAAGGAAGCACAACAGGAAAAUCACAACCAGGAGAUGAGUCUCAUCCACAGUCUGAAACAGAAGCAAAGGAGUCAGAACUAUCACAGUCUGCGGCAGCACCAGGGGAGACGCCUCCUUCACAAUCUGAAACCGGACCUGGGGAAUCACUGCCUACAAAUUCGGAAACAGCACCAAGGGAGUCUCCUCACUCAGAUCCAAAAACAUCAGAAGGGGAAUCUUCUCCUACAGAUCUAGAAGCAGCUCCAACGGAGUUUCCUCUGUCAGAUCCCAAGACAUCAGAAGGCAAAUCUUCUACAGAUACGGAAGCAGCACCAAGGGAGUCUUCUCUCUCAGAUCCUGAAAAAGCACCAAGGGAGUCUCCUCUCUCAGAUCCCAAAACAUCAGAAGGGGAGUCUCCUCCUUCAUAUCCUGAAAAAGCACUAAGGGAGUCUCCUCUCUUAGAUCCCAAAACAUCGGAAGAGGAGUCUCCUCCUUCAGAUCCCAAAACAGCAGAAGGGGAAUCUCCUCCUUCAGGGGUUUUGCCUCCUUCUGAAUCUGUAAAGUCACCAGGAGAACCUCGUCUUUCAGAAUCUAAAACCUUUCCAGAGGAAUUGCGGGCUUCAGAACUUACAGCGCCACCAGUGGAGCCAUCUCCAGAUUCAGAGGAGCCACCUCCUUCAGAGUCUAGUACAACACCAGAACACUCUUAUCCAGAGCUUGUAACACCACCUGGAGAACCACGUGUUUUAGAGUCUAGAACAUCAACAGAAGAACUGUCUACUUCAGAGUCUGGAACAUCAACAGGUGAGUCUGGUAAACCACCAGAUAAGUCACUACCUUUUCAAUCUGGCCCACCAACAGAUGAACUAUCCCUUUCGGAGUCUGAGCCUGAAGCAACAUUAGUAGAGCCACCUUCUCAAGAAGUCCAAGAAAAAAAGGAGCAGCAACAUCAAGGCCUAGAAAAAGAAGCCCUGAUUAAUGAGAAAAGCCAUGAAAAACAACAUAGCAACAAUUUAGGUAAUCAGGUAGAUGUUGGUAAAACUGUAAAAUCUUUCCAAAGUGUAACUACUCAGUCCAAAAAUUCUCAGGAAGACCAUGUUGCACAUGAUGCAAUAGAUCAAAAAAGCAAAGUGCCAGAAAGUGAGCAACCUAGAAAUGGCAGCACUAGUGAUGGAGGAACUAAUCCAUACAAAGAAAAAAUGGAAAACCUUGAUUCCUUUACCCUCAUAGAUGAGGAACUUAUACAGAACUUAAAGACAAAAAUUGACUCAACAGGAGAUGCUGUUGUGUCAGAUGAUGAGGAGACUAUACAUGUUACACUAGAAGAUAAAUUCCGAGAUGAAUAUGAGGACACCGUGGAUGACUCCUAUGAUGCACAAUAUGAAGAGGACCUCAUCGAAGAGUUUACUGAAGCCCCUCUGUUAUCUUAUGAUGAAUCAGAUGAGAAGUCAUUGGAUCAUACCACUUUUGAGAACCAUUCUAUGUCAUCCACUCCAUCAGAGGCAAAAGCAACCCCUCCUGAAGACGAAGUGGAGGUCCCUGUAGAUAUGGGGCAUGCUACAACACUAAAGCCAGAGCAGGAUAUUAUAACCACAUGGGGUGACACCUUCUUUGCCAUUGUCAGUGGUGGGGAAACCACACGAGAAGUCACACACCCAGAUGGAACAGACUCGGAAGAAGAGGAAGAGGAGGAGGAAGACACCAUCGAACAGUUGGAAGAAGACAACAGUCUAUAUUUGCUUGGCAUGGAUAAAAACAGCAUGAGACAACAUGACCAUUCUGAGGACUCUCUUGAUGAUGACCUGUAUCUUCUAGAAGAAGACCCGUUAGAUGAAACAUUAACUGUUGUUGAGGUUGAUAAAUCUUCACAAACAGAACCAAACAUCACUAUUACAACAAACAGCUCAUCCAGUGGUGAAACAUUCUCUCCCAAAAGUGAAACAGGUGCUGAAUUAUCAACAGAUGAACAAGACGUAAUGGAACACCCUGGUAAAAUGGAUGUGGAAUCAGCAUCUUUAAAUGAGCCAAGGGAUACUGUUAAUGGUGAAGCAGCUAAGGAAGGUUCACAGCUACCGCCUGAUGAUAAAAAUGCAACUACUGAGGAAUUUACAAAAUCAUUGAAGGAUUCUGAGCUCCCUGGGACAAAACUGAAUGAGAAUAUAGAAACAAGGGAGGAUAACCGUGAUGGUGCAACAUCUGAAAAUCCAAGUGUGGAAUUAAAAGAGAACAAAGAAACAGAAACAGUGGACAUAAAAAUUGAAGCAGAUGAAGAUCUGGAACAAGACCACUCUAUAAAUAAGGAAGUACGGUCAUCUGCGGACUCCGGGGUAGAACAUCUCAACACCAACCAAGGCAAAACGGGAGAGAUAGAAUCAGUGGAAACUAAAUUGGCCUCAUUGGAUCUGGCAGUCCCAGAUGAUGACAAGCCUACAAUUGAUUCUGUCCCUGCUGAUCUCCCCAGCGAAGUGGACAAUACACCGCAACAAAGUCCAGUUGUAGAGGCAAAAGACAUUGUUUCUCCAGGAUUGGAGGAAACAGAAAGCUCAGAUCGAACAGUAGUAGAAGACAUUAAGUCUGUAGAUGAAAGCAAAUCUGAAACGUCAUCAACUGAAGAGGAUGAUAAUCUGAAAGAAAAGCUUGGGGAAAUUGAGACCAAGAAGGAAGAAGAUGAACAAGAUGACCAUAUACUGAAAGAAAAGCUUGGGGAAAUUGAGACCAAGAAGGAAGAAGAUGAACAAGAUGACAAUAUACUGAAAGAAAAGCUUGGGGAAAUUGAGACCAAGAAGGAAGAAGAUGAACAAGAUGACAAUAUACUGAAAGAAAAGCUUGGGGAAAUUGAGACCAAGAAGGAAGAAGAUGAACAAGAUGACAAUAUACUGAAAGAAAAGCUUGGGGAAAUUGAGACCAAGAAGGAAGAAGAUGAACAACUUAAGCUGGACAAUCAUGAAGCAGGACAGCAGCCUGAAGACACUAAGGAACCAGAUACUGAAGUCAGGGCCGAUAUCGAAGUUUCAGAAGUCGAGGUCCAUUUGAGUAAUGAGGACGAUGAAGAAGAACCUCCUUUGGGUGUGGACAGAGAGGAGACUGAUGUAGAUAACAGGGAUGAACUGCUGGAAGAUGAAAAUGCAGUGAGUGCCAGGCGUUCUAGAGAAUUGCUGUCAAAGGCUGAGAGUGACAGUGACCUUACUGAUGACUUACCUAAAUCAGUAAGUGGUGAAAAUGAACCCACCCAAGAAACAGCACUUAAAAUACUUGAACCAGAAAAUGAAGAAACCACUGUGCAAGAAGCAGACCCCUCAGUUCCAGAGGAUGUUGUGGAUGAAAAGGUUGAUGUUGUGACUGAACCAAAAAAGGAGAAUAUCCCAACAGCAAAUGAGGAGGAGACAGAGAAGGUUGAUGACCGUCUGAGUCAGAAUAAGAUUGAUUCAAAUAUUUCAGGUACAGAAAAUCAACAGAAGGGGGCCACAAUUGUACAAGAAGACGUAGAGAAAGCCACCAAAGAAUAUAUGAGGGAUGACAUAUCAGACCCGUCUAAUGACAAGUCGGCCAAUGUAGAAGAGCCAGAUGAGUCCCAAAUUACAGGGAUUGAGGCACUGGAGGAAGCCUCUUAUAUUGAAAGUAUUAGGGCUCUUACCAUAAUGAGGGACUAUCUGGAUGAAGUACAGAUAUCACAGUUCACAAACAUCCUUGGCUCCGACAACAUCUUCAGGCUGGAAGCCAUGUUCCAGGACAUGGACUCCGAACUGAAGCUUGCACGGAGAGAAAAUGUGCGUCUUGAUUACAUUGACAAAGCUCUGGACGAGAUUUUAGAAGCAUCUGACUCGACUAUACUCGGCUUUGUGGAGAGUGUCUUGGAUGCACUAGAGGUGAACAGUGAGAGCACGGCGACAGAGAAAGAGAUGUUCGACGAUCUGUUGGAUGAUGUACAGGAGAUCUCGUACAAGCUUCGGCAGAAACACUCCACUCUCGGUGACAGUUCUCUGCUUGCACCAGGAGUUCCGGACACAGAGAUUAAAGAGGAAGAACGGCCACGUACCGGGGAAUGGAACUCGAAGGCGGAUGAGCUGGAUCCUGAACAGGCUAGAAAGGAAGAAGUUCCCACUGUACCUGAGCCACAAACGGAAGAGAUUGCGGAGCCACCACCUGCACUGCAAGAGGCUGAACUGGAGGAAGUGUAUGCCACUGAGGAGCCUCUGGCAUCACCUACACACGGUCCUGAUGGAGCUAUGGCCAAAGAUGAGGAGGAGCCUGGUGCAGUUGUUGCUAAUGAAGGCGAGUCCGAGAUGGGCGAGCCAGAGUCCCAGCCCUUAACCGUAUCGCAGGUCCUCUCCUCGAUGGGCGGAGCCGUUCUCGCAGCCGAGAAGUCGUUCACUCCGGUAGCAAGGCUGGUCAUGUUGGCUCUGCCAGAAGACCUGCAACCCGGUCCGGAUUUCUAUGGGGUGCAAUGGAACGCUGUCAUCUUCACUUUGUUGGUGGGGUUCCUCUCAGUCCUGGUUUUCUUCUGGAGGACUUGUCUCUCGGUGAAAAGCCGAGUUUAUCAAGUGAAUGAGAAGCAGCUUGCUGAGAAGAUCGCUGCGCUGAUGAAGGAGAAGAGUGAGGCGCUGGAGAAAAUAUCCGAAUUUGAGAAAAAGAUAAAAGAGGUCAAAGAGAGCGAGAACACGACCCAGGAGAAGAGCACUCACCUCCAGGAGGAAGCCGCUGCUCUCAAGGUGACUAUUAAGGAGCUGAAGAACAGCAACAAACAGUUAGAUGGCAAAAUGUGGAACUUGCUGCAAGAAUUAGAUUCGCAGAAGGAGCAGAACAAGAGGAAACAGGAAAUGAUUUACGAAGGACAGAAAUCUAUAGAGCAACUCAAGGAGCAAUUUGAACAACACUCUGAAGAACUGUCAGAGCUGCAAAUUGCGCUAAACGAGGCAAAAUUGAAAGAGCACAAAGUGCGCAGUAAUCUCCACAGUGUGCAAGAGGAGAAUGCGCGCCUGAAGGAGAGGAAGGAACAGCUCCUGCAAGAAGCUGACGGAUGGAGCGAGAGACAGCGGGAGCUCGAUGAGAGGAUCCAACUGCAGCAGAAAUCUCACAAAGACCUGGAGGAAGCUCUGGCCUACAAGGAGAACGAGAUUGAGGUCCUGACAAACUGUAUCAUGCAGCUGAAGCAGCUGGAGGAAGACUCUGGAGCAGGAGAAGACGGUAACUGGCAGCUGGCAGGAAGCGGAGAGCUGGAAAACGGGGAGCUGCCAGAUAAACGCAAGGAGAAGAUGAAGAUGCAGAUUAAGCAAAUGAUGGAUGUCUCCCGGGUGAAGACGACGCUGUCCAUAAUCGAGGAAGAGAAAGAUCUGUAUCAGAGGAAGCUGACUGACGAGAUCUCUGCACGCCACGAGCUGGAAGAGCAAAUUAAGCUGCUGGAGCACGAUAAUAGCUUCCUGCAGUCUGAUAAGACCUGCCUGGACAACGAAUGCAAAACCCUGCGCCAGAAGCUGGAGAUCGUCACUGAGCUGUACCAACAGAAGGAAAUGGCCCUGCAGAAGAAACUAACUCAGGAAGAGUAUGAGAGGCAGGAAAAGGAGCAGAAGCUAUCAGCCGCUGACGAGAAGGCCGUCAGUGCCAGCGAAGAAGUGAAGAUAUACAAGCAGCGAUUUCACGAAAUGGACGAGGAACUGCAGAAAACGGAGAGAUCCUUUAAGAACCAGAUUGCCAGCCACGAAAAAAAGGCACACGAAAAUUGGCUAAUUGCGCGGACCGCAGAAAGAACUUUGGCUGAGGAGAAGCGAGAGUGCGCAAAUCUAAGACAAAAAUUGAUCGAAGUAAACCAAAGGAUUGCAGCUCUUCAGAGACCAUCCAUUGUUAAACCAACUCCAGGAAGACCUGAGCACCAGCCCCCACCAAGGAGAGCUGCCCUGAGCAGAGACGGCUCGUUUGGUCCUUCGCCAGUAAGCGGCGGUGCCCCUUCCCCUCCAAUGAUGAUGGAUGUAUCAGUCCGGUCAGCUUCUGCCAACCUCAGCAGAUCAGAGGACUCCAAAGGUGGGAUAGAUGUCGCUUCAGGGUCCAGACGCCCCCCUCCUGAGAUGUCAGGCAGAACGUCUGCUCCCGUGGAUCUCGGUCACUCCACCACGAUGGUAAACGCUGGUCCCAGAACCUCAUCACCCUCCAUGGCCGUGGAUGGCUUGCCAAACCCAUCUAAUGAACCCGAGGCGCCCAAUGUGCCCGCUAGUUCCCCGCUGUCGGAGGAGCCCGCGCCAGUUAUGCCGAUAGCCAAGGGUCCGCCCUUGUUUCCUGGCACACCGGUUAUGAACUCGCCAGCGGCGGCGCCUAUGAUGCCUCCACCGCGUUUCAUUGGUCCACAUCCGCCCAGAGGAUCCUUCGGAUCGCGGUCACUGCCACCACCACAAAUGCAUGGCCCCCCACCAGGCGUGAGAGACUUUCCACCAAGGCCUUUGUUACCACCAGGCUCAAUGCCCGCUUCAGAUCCCAGGAGUCACAUCCGAGGACCGUUACCACCUAGGGAUUUUCCUCCUGGCCCUGUUCCAUUGCAUGGCCCUAGGGAUUACCCAAUACUGCCGCCUCCCGGAGUCAGAGACUUCCCACCAGGCCUGCCGCCUCCCGGAUCAAGGGACUUUCCACCAGGUCCACCACUGCCAAGUGCUCGAGAUUUCCUCCCAGGUCCACCACAUCCAGGAGCUCGUGAUUUCCCACCUCGGGACUUUCCACAAGGUUCUACUCAUCCUGGCAUGAGGGACUUUCCACCAGGUCCUACUCCCCCUGGCAUGAGAGACUUUCCACCAGGUCCUACUCCUCCUGGCAUGAGAGACUUUCCACCAGGACAUCUACCUCCAGGAGUUAGAGAUAUACCACCAGGGCUCCCACCUCCUAGAGAGUAUAUACCAGGAUUGCCACCUCCUGGAUCCAGGGAUUUUCCAUCUGGGCUACCACCUGGUUCAAGAGAAUUCAUGCCAAGGCCUCUGCCACCUGGAGGAAGAGACUUUCCACCAGGUCCUCCACUUGCUGGAAUCAGAGACUUUCCCCAAAGACCUCACCCUGGAGUACCCGCUGGGCCUUCAUUACCCCAUCACCAAGCUUUUCCACCACCACAUAAUCAACCAACGCAGACAGACCACGAACAUUCACAAGGUCAAAAAUCUUAACGAGGCUAGUCAAAUGGACACAAUCGCAUAAUGCAGUUCAGUGGUCUCAGAAUGGAUUAAAAGUUACCGGUUUACACAAACUUUUGAUUUAUUAUUUUCAUGUGUCUUAUAUUAGCAAUAAAUAUUUUAUUACCUUAAAUCUACUUAGAAUUUUUAAUGGUUUAAUAAUUAUUCACAACAAACUGAAAUUUAGAUUUCUAAUUUUUUGUUUUUCAGAUUUGGAAACAAGAUCAUUUUCUGUUGCUAUUUCAAAAUGUGCAAUACAAAAGCCCAUGUGUUUUUUUUGCUUUAUUAAUUUAAUGUUACCAUAUGCACCAGUUACUUGUGGGGGGAAAAAUGAAUGUCUAAAAUCUUUUUGAAAACAUUUCCUGUGGAAAUACAUUUUUUAAGAAUAUCAUUAUUCUGAUCGCUUUUCCACACCCGCUCGCUUAAUAAUAUAAUAUACCACUGGUUUACAUAGGAUAAGUAAUUAUUUUUAACAUCUGGUAGUAAAAGCCAGAAACACACACAACUCUGUAAGAUGGAAAAUAAUAAAGAAUUGAAAACA